AUAUAAGCGGGCGCGGCCGCGCGUGCGCACUCCGCGCGCGCUUCGGUCGUGGAGCGGCCUUAGGCGGUCUCGUCUGCAAAUGGGCUCCGUGGCCUAGCGUCCCUGUCCCCGCCACCCGUGAUCGCGCGCCGAGGCCCGCGAGGGGUCGCCGCCUAGGCUUCCACCGGCCAUAGAAGCGACAGCAUGGCAGCCAUCCCCUCCAGCGGCUCGCUCGUGGCCACCCACGACUAUUACCGGCGCCGCCUGGGUUCCACUUCCAGUAACAGCUCCUGCGGAAGUGCGGAGUAUCCUGGGGAAGCCAUCCCUCACCACCCCGGUCUCCCCAAGGCUGACCCAGGUCACUGGUGGGCAAGCUUCUUUUUCGGGAAGUCCACUCUCCCGUUCAUGGCUACAGUGUUGGAGUCCCCAGAGCGCUCGGAAUCUCCCCAGGCGUCCAGCGGCUCCAUCGCCUGCGACCUGGCUCUGGAAGCCAUGAGGAAGCAGCCUGGUGGCCAGCCUGGCAAAGCCAACACCAGGCCCCAGUCCUGAGCAGCCCGUGCCAGGCUGCAGGAGGCGUGCCAGGCUGCAGGAGGCGCUAGGCUCAUCAGAGCCCGUCCCCUGCCCUCCCCACCUUCCCCUCUCUCCUCCCCUCCCGUCCCCUCUUCCCCUCCCUCCCCCCCCCCCCCCCCCGUCCCCUCUUCCCCUCCCUCCCCCCCCCCAUAGACUAGGCGGGCUGCGGCAGAAGCACUUGGGUUCUUUUAUAUCAAAAUAACAAAACACCAAAAAGGAAGUCGAGAGAACCCCACUCUUUACUAUCCAAGCCACACGCAAGCCUUCCCGACACCCUGUAACCGUGUGCCUUGCACCAAGUGGAAAAUAAACCGAGCAGCCAGUA